AUGGCGUCUGUUCCCCAACGCAUCGCAUACAUCCGCACAAUCGACGAGCCUAAUGAGGCAUACAAUCCAGACAAAGGAUCCGACCACCUCCGCCAAUUCCUGGGCAUGUACAUGAAGCAAAGAAAUCCCCACGACCCCGUAGAAAUCCCUCGGCAUCGUUUCGUCUUCGGCGCAUCCAACGCAGUCGACGCGCACAUGCUCGACCUCUUCCUAUCCGACUGGAUACUGCCCUCGCACUCCACCCGUGAAUUCGCAAACAUCCAACGAUCCGACCUCGAGCUGCGCCUGUCCGAGCCUCAAGCCGUAACGGGAGAAGGCAAGCGACUUCUCGAGCGAUGCAGCAAAGGCGGCAUCGAGGUCGUGAUGCGUGGCGCAGACGACGCGGAGUGUCGGGAAAUCAUGCUCCAGGAAAGCGACUAUGUUAUCGAUCGCUGUGUCGAGGGGAAUGCCGCGUGGUAUUGGAAUACUGCUAGGAGUGGUGUGCGGCAGGACAACGUCCUCACGAAUCCAAAGUACGACAUGGCCAAGCAUCAUGACGUGAGUAAGACGCGGCUGCAAAGGCGAUAUGCUGGCCAUGGCUGGACAGCGAACUCGGGGUGUUCGCAUGGGAAUGGUGGGGGGUUUGCCUGCGUGGGGUGUGGGGGGAAGUGCAAGAGGUGGAAAUGUCGCGUCAAUCCGGGGGUUGAGAGAGUAGGUGCUGAAUGGGCUCGAUUGCCUGCGAAAGGCAGUGUUGAUUGGCGCGAGCUAUCGGCAGAAGAUGCGUGUUUCAGAAUGCAAUAUCAGCGUCUGCCCAGCCAGUUACCAGCGAAGGAUAUGUACAAUAGUAUUGAUACGUUCAGCGGGGAUUGA